AUGGCAACAAACCAGAACAUCAGAGAUCUUCAAUGGCUUCUGCAGGCAAUCAAAGCCGAGAGUCUCAACCUGCACAGCAUCUCCUUCUACCUCUCUCAACCAACUUCUGUCUGUUACCAAGAAACCGAAAACUCCAUGAAUAUAAACAUUGCCAAAGACAGCCUUGUGUACUUGGCUCAAAUCCUCGCAGUUUUAGAAACAGCCAAAAACAUCAGAUCAUCCUUGCGGAACUUGGAGUUCCACCAGGUUGAAUGGAAGUCACAGCAAGUACAAAAUCUUGGAGUGUUACUCGAAAGUAACUCCAACAUUAAGCAACUUGUGUUUAUAAGAAACAGGUUCAAUACCAAAUGUUUGUCAGAGUUCUCGGAGAUUCUGAAGAAGAAUGGAGUACUCAAAGAAAUCAUGCUCUCUGAAUCAGGUAUUGGGUCAGUUGGAGCUAGCCUCCUUGCUUCAGCUCUUAAGGAAAAUGGCUCAUUGGAAGAGUUGCAGAUAUGGGAAGACUCAAUUGGAUCGAAGGGGGCAGAGGAGCUCUCGAAAAUGAUUGAAGUGAACUCGACAUUGAAGCUUUUGACAAUUUUCGACUCAAACUCAAUCACAGCAACCCCACUGAUUUCUGCAGUUUUAGCAAGGAACAGAUCCAUGGAAGUUCAUAUUUGGAGUGGAGAGCAUGGCGAGAAAAGUUGGAAGGUGGUUGAAUUUGUACCUGAGAACAGCACUCUCCGAAUUUAUCACCUUGAUGUUUCAGGCACUUGCAGGGUUGCUUGUGCUUUGGGAUGGAAUUCCACUGUAAGGACGCUUGAUAUGACAGGAGUCCGACUGAAAUCUCGGUGGGCUAAGGAGUUUCGAUGGGUUUUGGAACAGAACCACACCCUCAAAGAGGUUAAUUUGUCAAAGACAUGCCUAAAAGACAAGGGAGUAGUGUAUGUUGCGGCUGGUCUCUUCAAGAACCAGAGUUUGGAAAGCUUGUAUCUUCAUGGAAACUGGUUUGGAGGCAUAGGAACAGAACAUUUACUCUGCCCUUUGAGCAGGUUCUCUGCUCUACAAAGUCAAGCAAACAUAACUCUGAAGUCCGUAUCCUUUGGAGGGGGAAGAACUAAGAUUGGAAGAGAUGGGCUGGCAGCUAUUCUACAGAUGCUGACAAGCAAUCAAAGUGUAACCCGCCUCGGGAUAUAUGAUGAUGACAGUUUAAGGCCAGAAGAUGUCAUCAAAAUCUUCAGGAGCUUGGAGAGGAAUGCCACUUUGAAAUCAUUGUCUUUGCAGGGUUGCAAAGGAGUUGAUGGUGAGUUGGUUCUGCAAACAAUAAUGGAGACAUUACAGGUAAAUCCUUGGAUUGAGGACAUUGAUCUGAUAAGAACACCACUGCAAAAUUCUGGGAAGACGGAAGGAGUAUAUCAGAAAUUGGGUCAAAAUGGGAGGACCGAACCAGAACCAGAAACCGAUUUGCUCAAGGACAUGGCAAUGACAGUGCCCAAGAGCUGUAGAGUCUUCCUGUGUGGACAAGAAUAUGCUGGUAAAACCACGCUAUGCAAUUCCAUAGCCCAGAACUUUUCUUCUUCAACGCUACCUUACAUGGAUCAAGUAAGGACUUUAGUGAACCCAGUUGAGCAAGCUGUCAGAACAGUAGGAAUGAAGAUAAAACCUUUUAAAGAUGAAGACACAAAAAUUUCAAUAUGGAACCUUGCUGGUCAGCAAGAAUUCUACUCCCUUCAUGAUCUCAUGUUUCCAGGUCAUGGAAGUGCAUCGUUCUUCCUUAUUAUAUCAAGUUUGUUCAGGAAACCCGGCAACAGAGAACUGAAAACCUCCGCUGAGAUAGAAGAAGAUCUCCAGUAUUGGCUCAGGUUCAUAGUUUCCAACUCAAGAAGAGCUGCCCAACAGUGCCUGCUACCUAAUGUAACUGUUGUGCUCACACACUAUGACAAAAUCAAUCAACCAUCACAGAACUUGCAGGCUACUGUAAAUUCAAUUCAUAGACUGAGAGACAAGUUCCAAGGGUUUGUUGAAUUCUAUCCAACUGUAUUCACAGUCGAUGCAAGAUCGUCUGCAUCCGUGAAUAAACUCACCCAUCACCUUCGAAAGACAAGCAAGACAGUUCUCCAAAGAGUCCCUCGAGUUUAUGAGCUUUGCAAUAACCUGAUACAAGUUCUCUCUGACUGGAGAUCUGAGAACAGCAACAAGCCAGCAAUGAAGUUGAAAGAGUUUGGUGAGCUCUGCCAAGUUAAGGUUCCACCCUUAAGAAUACGAUCAAGACAUGAUAAUAAGGAGAAGGUAGAGAUGCGGAGGCGGGCCAUUGCUGUAUGUCUUCAUCAGAUGGGUGAGGUAAUUUAUUUCGACGAACCGGGGUUCUUGAUCUUAGAUUGUGAAUGGUUUUGCAGUGAAGUGCUUAGUCAACUAGUAAAAUUAGAUGUUAGAAAGCAGAGUUCAACUGAAGAUAAUGGAUUCAUAAGCAUUAAAGAGUUGGAGAAAAUUCUUAAAGGAAGUUUACAUAGCCAGAUACCCGGGAGAGGCUCAAAGGUUUUUGAUAACUUGGAGGCCAUUGAUCUUGUGAAGAUGAUGCUAAAAAUGGAACUGUGUUAUGAACAAGAUCCAUCAGAUCCAAAUUCACUGCUACUGAUCCCCUCCAUUCUAGAAGAAGGCAGGGGAAAACCACAGAGAUGGCAAUUAAGCACACCUGACUGUACUUAUGCAGGGAGACAUUUGGAGUGUGACGAUUCAAGCCACAUGUUCCUCACACCCGGAUUUUUUCCCCGAUUACAGGUGCAUCUCCACAACAAAUUCAUAGGGAUAAAGAAGCAACAUGGAGGAACAUACAGCCUUGAGAAAUACCUCAUCUCAAUAAAUAUCAAUGGCAUCCAUGUCAGAGUAGAGCUUGGAGGACAGUUGGGUUACUACAUUGAUGUGCUUGCUUGCUCCACAAAAAACCUAACAGAAACCCUUAGGCUCUUCCAGCAGCUCAUAAUCCCGGCAAUCCAAAGCCUUUGUCAUGGUGUCACGUUGACUGAAAACAUUCUCCGGCCAGAAUGUGUCAGAAAUCUCACACCUCCCAGAUACAGAGGAACACAAUCUGUGCAUCUGCAGCGAUUGAAACAGGCACUACUCUCAGUUCCUGCAGAGAGCAUGUAUGAAUAUCAGCACACUUGGGGUCCAGUAUUAGACUCUGGAAGACCUAUUUUAAGAGCUGGAUUUGAUUUUGCUCGAGACCUCCUAUCAGAUGAUGACUUCCGAGAAGUACUUCAUCGAAGGUAUCAUGACCUAUACAACCUUGCUGUCGAACUACAGGUUCCACUGGAAAACAACCCAGAUGGACAGGAUCAUCCUCCAUCUACCAGUGACGAAACUGACAGCAAAGUUGAACCAUCACUUGGUGGAAUUGCCAAGGGUGUUGAAGCAGUUUUGCAGAGACUUAAGAUCAUUGAACAAGAAAUCCGAGAUUUAAAACAGGAAAUUCAAGGGCUGAGAUAUUAUGAACAUAGACUUCUAAUGGAGCUGCAUCACAAAGUAAACUACCUGGUGAACUACAAUGUUGAGCUCGAAGAAAGAAAAGUACCCAACAUGUUCUAUUUUGUCAGAACUGAGAAUUACUCGAGGAGAUUGGUCACCACCAUGAUUUCCGGCAUGAAUGCACUCCGGCUGCACAUGUUAUGCGAAUAUCGGCGAGAAAUGCAUGUCGUUGAAGAUCAAGUUGGCUGCGAACUCAUGCAGGUUGAUAACACUGCAGUGAAGUGUUUGGCUCCAUAUAUGACGAAGUUCAUGAAAUUGCUAACAUUUGCUCUCAAAAUAGGAGCUCAUUUAGCAACUGGGAUGGGAGAAAUGAUACCAGAUUUGAGCAGGGAAGUUGCCCAUCUGGUUGAGUCUCCCUUACUAUAUGGGGCAGCAGGUGCAGCAGCUGCUGGGGCUGUGGGUGUUGCUUCAGUGGGACGGAUCGAUGGAAGGAGGAAUACAAGCAGGGGCUCACGGGACAUUCAGCAAGAUCUAAGAGCAGCACAGCAAUGGGUAGUCGAUUUUUUGAGGGACCGGAGAUGCUCAACGGGAAAAGAAAUUGCAGAGAAGUUUGGAUUAUGGAGAGUGAGAUACAGAGAUGACGGUCGCAUUGCAUGGAUUUGUAGAAGGCACAUGUACAGCAGAGCAAAUGAGAUAGCAGAAGUACCAAUUUAGGGCAGGGGUAGGAAGUAUUUCUAUUGUACUGUGGUCGGGUGAAAAGAAAGGCAUACAUCCACAUGAUACGGGUUUCAAGUAUCAUUACCCUUAUAUCAACAAAUCCCCAAGAACAAAAAAGCACCAUCCUUUUUUCUUUUCAAUCAUCAUUCCAUUGCAUCAGGUAACAGCAGAAGGG